UCCGUGUUUACGUACGUCUUCGUAAUAAAAUAAUUCAUAAUAUUUAUAUUAUUCAGUGCCUACCAGUGGCCACUCAUAACAGUUCACUCUACAUAAGUGAACUGUCGAUUAUGUCGUCGGCAUCGCGAUCGACGAUUAUUUAUACGGUUUUUAAGAUCCGCGCAUAAAUCUGAUGGCUGCACCGAAAGCGGCUCGACGUGAACCAAAAUCAUUGGCGCAGUACUCUGAAACGAUCUGUGGAUUCAAUGUCUCGAUCCUGCCGGCCAUUUUUCUGUCUACCGUCACCUGGUAUUUGUUACAGUACGUUGUCCAACCAUUGUUUGGUCCUGAUGAGUAUUAUAUAGACGAAGAAUUUCACGUACCCCAAGCGAAACACUAUUGCCAAGCAGAGUUCCAUAAAUGGGAUCCAAAAAUAACUACUCUACCUGGACUUUAUUUGUUGUCAAGCACUGUGUUAGUACCUUUUAUGAAGAUGUAUGACACAAUAUUAUCACUACUUGGUGUAUUGGAUAGUGAUGACCUUCGAGUCAAUGAUCCCUGUUCUUUGGUUGCAUUGCGGGCUGUAAAUGCAGUGGGAGCUCCAGCAUGCUUAUAUUACGCAUACUACCGUUGUCAACAACUUCUUUUUCAGAAUGAAAAUAAAAAAACAAAGAUUGCAAAAUGGACUUGUAUGUUUUUGGCGCUGAAUGUAGCAACAUUCCCAGUUAUUUAUGCGCCAUAUUCAAUGCUUUAUUAUACAGAUGCAUGGGCUACAGCGUCUGUUUUCUUAUGGUACUCCAGUCAUUUGAGUAAUGAGACUCAUUUUUUGGUUAAAGUUAUAUUUGGUGGAUUUUCUGUUCUGUGUCGUCAGACAAACAUUGCUUGGUUAGUGUUUGCAUCCAUUAUAGAUGUAUGUCACUGCGCCGAACAAUGUUUUCCUACAGUAAAAAAUAGUGUUUCGCUAUUUUCUUAUAUCCAAGCUUCUAUUACUGAACUCUACUAUUGCUGUUCAAUUAAAAAAAAGAAUAAGUCUAAGAAGUUAAUAGAUUUUUUUCAGAAAUGUUUACAUGUCACCAGCUCAAGUGUCAUAGUUAUUGUAUCUUUUGUUUCAUUUGUGAUUUUUUUGAACAAUGGUGACAUAGUUGUUGGAGAUCGACAUGCACAUAUUCCUCGUUUUCAUCCAAUGCAAUUAUGUUACUUUGUAGUAUUUGUAUUAGCGUUCUCAUUGCCAUGGUUUUUAUCUCAGAUCUAUUAUAAAAGACAAACUUCUAAUUCUGUUAAAAAACAUUUCAAUUUAGUUAAAGCCUUUAAUGAAAUCCACAACAAUAUAUCCAAAGUACUUGUUGUAAUACUAUUGAUAAUAAUAUCUGGAUGUGUGUAUUUUAACACUAUAGCUCACCCAUACUUGUUAGCUGACAAUAGACAUUAUACGUUUUAUGUUUGGCGAUUGUUGUUUAGUCCUGGUAAACCAAUCUUUUUGAGAUAUUUACCGGUGCCAUUGUAUGCUUAUGGUCUAUGGUUAGUGGAUAGAACAUUGAUGCAAUCGUCAAUUGCUUAUAGAUUGGCAUAUUGGAUAGUUACACCCCUUAUUCUUUGUGCCCAAUUUUUAUUGGAGCCUCGUUAUUUUGUUGUACCAUAUCUUAUGUAUAGGUUACACAGUAAUAAACAUUCUGCAAAUAAUCAUACUUUUAAAGCAGCAUUUAUUGAAUUUAUAGCAUACCAAGUUUUUAAUUUUAUUAUUAUGAGGAUAUUUUUGUAUAAGCCUUUUGUUUCAACCAUGGACAACACGGGUCGAUUGGAUCGCUUUACUUGGUGAUUUUUAUUGUUAAUUAUUUCUAAAUUAUAGUUAUAUAAAUAAUUCUUGUUGAUAAAAUGAGAAUUUCUAAUGAAUUGAUUGUAUGUGUAAUAUUGAUUUGUUAAUAUUAUUUUUAUUGGUAAAUUCAACUAAAUUAUAUUAAACUCUGUAAUUAAAACAAAGAUAUAA